ACAGCACACCCAGAGAUCUGAAACUAGAAGCCAUGGAUGCUCAGUAUCAAGAUCUACCUCCUCUCAAAAGAUAUAGAAUGAUGCAGCGAGACCUUGAAGCUGCUCAACAGAACCUACCGGAGGCGAAGCCGUCACAGUUGCCGGCGAAGAAGAGGAAGCAGGCUCGAGUUGAUUACGACGACGAUGGCGAGAACUCUAACCCCACCUAUCGUUGUCUUCCGGCUAAGAAAAGGAUUUGGGCGAUUGAUCCCGAUCUCCUCUCCGUCUCCGGUAACCCCUUUUCGCCUUUUGAUCUGAAUGUUGAGUAUAAGCCUUCUGUUGAGGAGAAGUCAGUAGCGAAAAAGUCAACUCUAAUGGUUGAAUCGAGUCUAGAACUAGAAGAUGAUGAUAAGGAGAACAUAGAUCCUCUAGGUAAUGGGAAAGUUUUGGAUCUAGAAGAUAGAAAAGUAGAAGAUGAAGAUGGGACUAUGUGUGCUGUAUGUCAAAGUACAGAUGGUGAACCAUCAAAUCCAAUUGUGUUCUGUGAUGGUUGUGAUUUGAUGGUUCAUGCUUCUUGUUAUGGGAAUCCUCUAGUUAAGGCUAUACCAGAAGGUGAUUGGUUUUGUAGUCAGUGUAUCUCAUCCAACAAUCGAGAGAAGCUUCUCUCUUGCUGCUUGUGCACAACUAAAGGCGGAGCGAUGAAACCCACAAAUGAUGGUAGAUGGGCUCACAUCACUUGCGCUUUGUUUGUGCCGGAAGUUUACUUUGAGGAUCCUGAAGGAAGGGAAGGGAUCUGUUGUAGUGAGGUGCCGAGUAAGAGAUGGAAAGAUAGGUGUUAUUUGUGUAAGAGUAGACGCGGUUGUGUUAUCAAGUGCUCGGAGAUGAGAUGUCAGUUGGAUUUUCAUGUUACUUGUGGGUUGAAGGAAGAUCUUUGUAUUGAGUAUCGUGAAGACAAGAAGACUGGUGGUAUCGUUGUUGGUUUCUGCAAUGACCAUACCAAAUUGUGGGAAAGGCAACAGGAAAGUGGGAAGUACAAGAUUGUUGCCAGAGAUGAAGAUAAAAAGUAGGAGAAAGCUUUUGAGGGUCAUGGCCAUGCUUUUGCUUGCAACUCUGAAGCUUCCACUCAUGUGCUUUGUAAUUGUUUUGAAACGUCUUUUCAUAUAUCAUUGUUAUCUGAUCAGAGUAGUUAGCUGCUGCUUAAUGCUGUCAAACUUUGUUAUUCUGUUCAAUGUUUGAAUUGAUUAAGUUGUACUAGGCUAAAACCUGGUCAAUCUUUGUUUCAAUCCGUUAUUGUAAUUUAAAGUGAUUUCUUA